UGGGGGGGGAGACAAAGAAACGGAGAAACUGGAAAAGACAUCGCGAUGUGAGGCGAGCAGAUUUUGGCAGCCAGACGGAAUUUCAACCACAAUCCUUUUGGGAAAUCAGUCUAAAACGAAACUGUUCACAAUAAACAUGGAAUUAAAAAGCAUGUUGUAGGAGUGACCCAAAAGGAAUGUGAUUCCCCUCCAGGACACGCAAGACAAAGGAUGAACUGUUUCUAGAUUCUUGCUUCAGCUUUCCUAAGAGUCAUCAUGUGCAAAAGGCGUAUCUGUGUGGGCCAGCAAACAUGGGCUCUUCUCUGCAAAAACAUUCUUAAAAAAUGGAGGAUGAAAAGAGAGACUUUUCUGGAAUGGUUUUUCUCAUUUCUUCUAGUCCUGUUUGCAGACCUAUUUUUCUCUAAUCUACAUCAAGUUCAUGACUUUCCUCAAGUGGCUGCAAAGAAUCUGGGACGUGUGGAUAAUUUCAAUGAUUCUAAUUAUAUUAUUGCAUUUACACCGGACACACAAACAACCCAAGAGAUAAUGAACAAAGUGGCGUCAGCCCCAUUCAUGAAAGGAAAAAUAAUCAUGGGAUGGCCUGAUGAAAAAAGCAUGAAUUUAUUGAACUUGAACUAUUCUAUAGAUGCAGUAAGAGUCAUAUUUAAUGAUGCAUUCUCUUAUCACUUGAAGUUUACCUGGGGAACUCGAAUCCCCAGGAUAAAGGAACACAGAGACCAUUUAGCUCAUUGUGGAGUAAUUGAUGAAAAUGUCCGUUGUGAAGCUUCAAUAUUCUGGUCGAAAGGCUUUGUAGCUUUUCAGGCUGCCAUUAAUGCCGCUAUCAUUGAAAUCACCACAAAUCAUUCUGUUAUGGAAGAACUGAUGUCAGUCACUGGUAUAAACAUGAAGAUAUUACCUUUUAUUGCUCAAGCAGGACUGGGGACUGAUAUUUUCAUUUUCUUGUGCAUUAUUUCCUUUUCUGCAUUUAUAUAUUAUGUCUCAGUCAAUAUUACACAAGAAAGACAGUAUAUGAAGCCAUUGAUGACGAUGAUGGGACUUCGAGAGUCAGCAUUCUGGCUGUCCUGGGGUUUGAUGUAUGCUGGCUUCAUCCUGAUCGUAGCUACCUUGAUGGCAUUUGUGGUCAAAUCUAUCCAUGUGGCUGUUCAAACUGGCUUCAUGGUGGUCUUUCUCCUUUUUUUCUUCUAUGGGAUCUCUUUGAUAGCUUUAGCUUUUCUGAUGAGUGUCUUGGUAAAGAAGCCAUUUCUCACUGGGCUUGUGGUCUUUCUCCUAACUGUCUUUUGGGGAAGCCUUGGAUUCACAGCAUUAUACGGACACCUCCCUGCUUUUUGGGAAUGGACGUUAUGUCUUCUAAGCCCUUUUGCAUUCACUUCUGGAAUGGCACAGCUCAUACACUUGGACUAUAAUGUGAAUUCUAAUGAGCAUUUGGAUUCUUCCAACAAUCCAUACCUCAUAAUAGUGACUCUUUUCAUGUUGAUUUUUGAUUCUCUUCUCUACUUGGUCCUGACAUUAUAUUUUGACAAAAUUUUGCCCACUGAAUAUGGACGAAAACAUUCUCCCUGGUUUUUCCUGAAGUCCUCAUUUUGGUGUCAGCACCAAAAAGUUGAUCACGUGGUCCUGGAGAAUGAAGCAGAUAUAGAUUCUGCAUCAGAUGACUCCUUUGAACCAGUGUCUCCAGAAUUCCAUGGGAAGGAAGCCAUCAGAAUAAAGAAUCUUAAGAAAGAAUAUAAAAAGGGAAAGCAUGAAACAGUGGAAGCCUUGAAAGGUCUGGUGUUGGACAUUUAUGAAGGCCAGAUCACAGCCCUGCUGGGUCACAGUGGGGCUGGGAAAACGACCUUGUUGAACACACUCAGUGGACUGUUGGUUCCAACUUCAGGUUCAGUCACGAUCUACAAUAACAAGCUUUCCGAAAAGGUUGACCUAGAAGCUGUCAGCAAGCUCACCGGUGUUUGUCCACAAUCCAAUGUGCAAUUCGACUUUCUCACAGUGAGGGAAAAUCUCAGGCUGUUUGCUAAAAUCAAAGGGAUUCAACCCCAUGAAGUGGAGAAAGAGGUACAGCAAGUGUUACGGGACUUAGAGAUGGAAAAUAUUCAAGACAUUCUUGCUCAAAAUUUAAGCGGUGGACAGAAAAGAAAAUUAACAUUUGGAAUCGCCAUUUUAGGAGAUCCUCAGGUUUUGCUAUUGGACGAACCCACUGCUGGAUCAGAUCCACUUUCGAGGCACAGAGUAUGGAACCUGCUGAAAGAGAGAAAAGCAAACAGAGUAAUUCUCUUCAGUACCCAGUUCAUGGAUGAGGCUGACAUCCUGGCUGAUAGGAAGGUAUUUAUAUCCAAUGGGAAGCUGAAAUGUGCAGGUUCUUCCCUGUUCCUGAAGAAGAAAUGGGGCAUUGGCUACCACUUAAGUUUGCACCUGAAUGAAAUGUGUGAUCCAGACAGCAUUACAUCGCUUGUUAAACAACAUAUCCCUGAGGCCAAAUUAACAGCGCAAAGUGAAGAAAAGCUUGUAUAUAUUUUGCCUUUGGAAAGGACAAACAAAUUUCCAGAUCUUUACAGGGAUCUUGAUAAAUGUUCUGACCUGGGCAUUGAGAAUUAUGGGGUUUCCAUGACAACUUUGAAUGAAGUGUUCUUAAAAUUAGAAGGAAAAUCAGCUAUUGAUGAAUCAGACAUUGGAGAUUGGAGACAGUGGCAGAACAAUAGGACAAAAGACACGGGAAGCCUUGUUGAGUUGGAACAAGUUUUGUCAUCUCUUAAUGAAACUCAAAAAACCAUCAGUGGCAUGGCCCUCUGGAGGCAGCAGCUCUGUGCAAUAGCAAAAGUUCGCUUCCUAAAGUUAAAAAAUGAAAAGAAAACCCUGUUGACCAUGUUAUUGCUUUUUGGCAUUAGCAUCUGUCCUCAACUUUUGGAACAUCUAGUUUUUGAGAUUUAUCGAAAAAGUUAUUCUUGGGAGCUGUCUCCUAGCAUGUACUUCCUCUCACUGGGGCAGCCACCUCAAGCUCCUCUGACCCACCUACUUGUCAUCAAUAAAACAGAGUCGAAUAUUGAUAACUUCAUACAUUCACUAAGAAGACAGAACAUAGCUUUGGAAGUGGAUGCCUUUGGAACUAGAAAUGGUCCAAAUGAAUCUUCAUACAAUGGUGCCAUUACUGUAUCCGGUGAUGAAAGGGAUCACAGAUUUUCCAUAGCGUGUAACACCAAAAGGCUGAAUUGCUUCCCUGUCCUUAUGGAUGUCAUUAGCAAUGGGAUUCUUGGAAUUUUUAAUUCAUCGAAACAUAUACAGACGGACAGAAGCACAUAUUUUGAAGAACACAUGUCUUACGGAAGUGGAAACCCAAGUAAUGCCUUCAUCUGGAUCCCUGUGGCUGCCUGUUUCACUCCUUACAUUGCAAUGAGCAGCAUCAGCGACUAUAAAAUCAAAGCUCACUCCCAGCUAUGGAUUUCGGGCCUCUACCCUUCUGCUUAUUGGUUUGGGCAGGCACUGAUAGAUAUUCCAUUGUACUUCUCCAUUAUCCUUCUGAUGCAGAUAAUGGAUUAUGUUUUUAGCCCAGAUGAGAUUAUAUAUAUAAUCCAAAGCCUGUUAGUUCAGAUCCUGUGCAGUAUUGGCUAUGUCUCAUCUCUUAUUUUCUUGACAUAUGUGAUUUCAUUUGUUUUUCGCAAUGGGAGAAAAAAUAGUGGCAUUUGGUCAUUUUUCUUCUUAAUUAUCACCAUCUUCUCAAUAGCUGCUGUUGAUAUAAGUGGAUUCAGAUUUGUACCAGUCAUUCUCUGCACCCUACUAAUACCACCCUUUACACUGAUUGGUUCUCUAUUCAUUUUUUCUCAGAUGCCUCCUGACAUCGUGGAUUAUUUAGGAGAUACAGAUUAUAAAAUUCUAUUUCUGGCAUUGCUAAUUCCUUAUCUCCAUUUCUUCAUUUUCCUUUUUGUUCUACGAUGUCUGGAAAUGAACUGUAGUAAGAAAUCAAUGAGAAAGGACCCUGUGUUCAGAAUUUCACCAAGAAGCAGUGAUGUUUUCCCAAACCCAGAUGAACUUGAAGCAGAAGAUGAAGAUGUUCAAAUGGAAAGAUCGAGAACUGCAAAUGCAGUGAAUGACCCAGACUUGGAUGAGAAACCUGUCAUCAUCGCCAGCUGUCUACGAAAGGAGUAUGAAGGCAGAAGGAAAGCCUGCUUUGGCAAGAAGAAAAAGAAAGUGGCCAACAGGAAUGUGUCUUUCUGUGUCAGAAAAGGUGAAGUGGUAGGUCUCCUAGGACACAAUGGAGCUGGUAAAAGCACAACUAUUAAGAUGAUAACAGGGGCCACAAAACCAACUGCAGGGCAGGUGAUUUUGAAAGGGAGCAGUGGAGGAUCACCCCUGGAGUUCCUGGGGUACUGCCCUCAGGAGAACGUGCUGUGGCCCAACCUGAAGGUGAAGGAGCACCUGGAGGUGUUUGCUGCAGUGAAGGGGCUGAGCAAAGGGGACGCGGCCACCACCAUCUCCCAGUUGGUGGAUGCGCUCAAGCUGCAGGACCAGCUAAAGCUUCCUGUGAAGUCCCUGUCUGAGGGAAUCAAGAGAAAGCUGUGCUUCGCACUGAGCAUCCUGGGAAACCCAUCUGUGAUGCUUCUGGAUGAACCAUCCACGGGCAUGGAUCCCGAAGGGCAGCUGCAAAUGUGGGAGGCCAUCAGGGCCACCAUUAAGAAUUCUGAGAGGGGCGCCCUAUUGACUACGCACUACAUGGCUGAAGCUGAGUCGGUGUGUGAUCGGGUGGCAGUCAUGGUGUCAGGAAAACUGAGAUGUAUUGGUUCCAUUCAACAUCUAAAGAGCAAAUUUGGCAAAGAUUACCUGCUGGAGAUGAAGGUGAGGACUCCAGAACAAGGGGGGACUCUUCAUGCAGAAAUUCUGAGACUUUUCCCCCAGGCUGCUAGACAGGAAAGAUACUCCUCAUUGGUGGUCUACAAGGUACCUGUUGAGGAUGUACAGCCUUUAUCACAGGCUUUCUUCAAACUAGAGAUAGUGAAGCAGAACUUUGACCUGGAGGAGUACAGCCUCUCACAGUCCACUCUGGAGCAGGUGUUCCUGGAGCUCUCCAAAGAGCAGGAACUGUAUGACUUUGAUGAAGAACUCCAAUCCUCAGUGCGAUGGAAGCUGCUCCCACAGGAAGAGCUUUGAACCCCACAAGAACCCAUGUUUCUCUAUACUCAUGAGCUAUGGUACAAAAUACUGAGAUAUGGUACACAAUACUUUUGUUUGUUUGUUUUGGGGCCACACCGGUGGUACUCAGGGGUUACUCCUGGAUCUGUGCUCAGAAAUCACUCCUGGCAGGCUUGGGGGACCAUAUGGGAUGCUGGGAAUUUAACGCAGGUCCCUUCUGGGUUGGCCGCACACGAGGCAAAUGCCCUAACACUGUGCUAUCUCUCCAGCCCCUCACAAUACUAUUGAAACGUAUGCCAUUAUUUUUCUCAUUAGCACAGAGUCAGACUAAAGGGAAAUAAGAGCAAUGUUGACUCCAGACAAGGCCUCCUUCAUUCCUGCAAGCCAGUCCCAACUUCCCUAAAGUAGCCCACAAAAACCAUGAAUUUAUUAUACAACUGUUUAUGCUUCAAGGAUGAGAAGAACUUGUUUAUUGUCUUUCUCUGAAAUCAGAAGGUCAAACAUUUUCUUACCUUUUAUAUUGGGAUCUGUACAAAGUCCAACAUAACCACUGACUUUAGAGGAAAAGGAAUCUAUUGAUUACAUAGCAAGGCAACGUUUACUCUUUUAUUAUUUGCUCAUUUUUCUUUUAUGUUUUAAGUCUUAGAUUGUAGUGUUCAUGUUUUAUCUGUUUUAACUAUAAAGGAAAUCUGUGAAAAUAAAAA